GUCGUUGUUAAUCCCAACCGCCACGCCGUUUCGUUUACCUUCAAUCGAACCAAUACGGUUGUAGUGGAAUAUGUCCCUGAUCCAAAUACUGACCUCUUUCAGAUCGGUCGAUAUAAGUCUCCAAUCAUCGAUUUCCAUAUCGGGGAUGUGGCCUCUCCAACGGAAGAUAGAUCCACCAAUAGAAGUAGCCCGUUCUUGUACAGAGGUCGUGGGAGAUUCUUCCUCGGUAUGUUCGACAGACCCUCCUUUUCACCCAAGAAACCGAUGGGCGCCCUCUCCACAGUCUCUCGCUUCGCCUGUCGUAUCGACAUCGACCGAAGGCCGCCACACAAGGCUCGCAUCUACGCAGCCGGCUUUGAUAUGCGUAAUAACAUUUUCCUUGGUGAAAACGCCUGCAAAUGGCGGCACAGUGAUAUUAUGGACGGGUUUACUACAAAUGGAGUUCGGAUAUUGAGACCAAGUCAGUGGCUAAAAAGAGGCGAAACAGGUGAUGCUUUACUUUAUUUGAUGCCAAAUUUCGAUGCACUCUUUUACAGUUCCCUCUGGCGCGAGGUCAGUGUAUGCGGAAAUGUUUACAAACUGCAUUCCACCAUGUUUGUACCUGGAGAAACUGAUCGGGUCAAGGACGAAGACAACGUGCUCGAGGACGGGACUCUCAUUGACCUUUGUGGCGCCAUUCUCAUUUGGCGGUCAGCAGAUGGUCUGAAAAACGGACUAACUCUCACCGACAUCAGUGAAAUGGUGAAUAUCCUCAAUCAGCUCCAUAUCCAGUGCCCGGUUUACUUAAAAACUCUCCACUUCAAGGGUUUUGGCACACCCCGAGUUCCCUCUAAACACUUUUAUCACGCAAUGUCUGGCCAAGAUUUUCCCAGCUCCUCUAUCAGUGCCACCUUCGGUGGUGGGAGUCAGCCUCACGUAUAUUUGAAUUGCGGUCAUGUACACGGCUACCACGACUGGCAACCCAACGAUCGACAGUCUUCAUCGGAGCGGGACAAGCGGACGUGUCCUCUGUGUCGGCAAACGUCGCAGUUCGUUCGUAUAUCCAUUGGCGAGGAGGUUGGCUUUUUCGUAGAUCGUGGCGCUCCCUCGCACUGCUUCAAUCCCUGCGGUCACAUCGCCUCUGAAGCGACCGUCAGGUUUUGGUCGACGUUGAAGUUGCCUGUUACUAGUCAGACACCAAUGGUACCGAAAUGUCCCUUCUGCUUUCACGUGGUUGAGGGGCCGCCUGUGCGAUUGAUCUUCCAGCACCGUGCUGACGAGAGCACCCUGAAAGAAGCCUUUGAGGCCUUCAACUGCACGCCUCUCGAUUCGCCUCAUCGUGCUACCCCUUUCGUCUUCAAUUCGGCGAGUCCUCCCACCACGCCUACUGUCCCCACUCUCGUUGACUCAGAUAUCGACUGA